AUGUUCGACUUCGAUGACCUUUCCGAGUGCGAAGGGAGCACCAGUGAUGAAGGUGCCAACGAUGCCACGAGACCAUCGCCGGAGAAGGAAGUUCCUCCGGUUCCCCCCGACCCCCUGAUCGAGCUUCGCGAGAGGUGCGAGCGGUGUGGCCUCUGCAUCACUUGGGGCCCAGAUGCCAAGCAGAUGGCUGCCAUGCUACAGGAAGCCACGUCUUGGGAGCGCUACGGCAUCUGCGCCUUGAAGGACGAGUGCUUCAAGCGCCGGAUUCCGCUGGACAACCUCAUCGAGCGGCGGGACGUGCUGUCGAGGCUCUCUGAUGUCCUGGUGUGGGAGCAGAUGUCCCUCAAGCAGCUGCAGUCGGAGUGCUGGCGUCGGAAGAUCCCCUUUGUGAACCGGACGCGCGUCAGCAACAUCAUCCUCCUGGAGACGGAGAACCCACAUGCGGACGGCGAGGGGGAUCUGGUGAGGAGGUUAGUCCAGGACGCCUUUCCGGGUGCCACAGGGCCGCUCCCUGCUGGCGGCGUUCCGGGAAUCUGGGAGCCUGGCGAGGGGAGCUACAGCGGCGCCAAGGGCAGUCGCACCGAAGCCCAGCGCGUGGCCGCCUGGACCGGCGCCGUCGCGCCGGGCUACGACCGGCAUCAGACGGGUGAGAGCCGUGGAUGGUCAGCACCCUGUGGGCCACCACCUGGUGCCACCAGCACCAAGAAGGGCACCGGCCACACCUACACGCAACCCGACCCCAAGCCCAAGCCCGCACCGAAGGCCCCGGGAUUUGCCAGCGGCUUCACGAGCAAGGCGUACGGCUACUCCGGUUUCCACGGCUUUCCGCACGACGCCUGGGGCUCCUCGAACCGCGCAGCCUCGCCGGACGAAGAGCCCCCAGGAUCCGAGCACUACCAGGUCCUGGGCCUGCGCCCAGGGGCCCCACCCCCGGAGGUACGCAAGGCUUACCGGCAGCUGGCCUUGAAACUCCAUCCGGACAAGCAGACCCGGGACGACGGAGCGCACUUCAAGAAGGUCACUGCCGCUUACAAGGCCCUCUGCGAGCUCUUCGACAACUGA